AUGCUAUGCGCCAUCGUCCGCAGGAGUCCCCGCCUCGCCUUGCGUCAGCAUUUUUCCACGUCUUCACCACGUCACGAGAUCAAAGACAUCGGCUCUUUGUCUCAGCGCCUAAUACCAAAAUACCAAGAAUCCUGUGACGGGGAGCUCCUGUCUCUCCAGUGGCCAGCACCGCCGCGAAAUAUCUUCCUGGUGCGCAAAGACUGCGCCCCAGCGGUAACUGAUUCUCUGAUUGAAUUCGUCAAUCAUGUUUCCUCUACAUAUCCCUCUAUCGCGGUGAUUCUCGAGUCAAAGACGGCAGCCGAAGUACAUUCGUCGCUAUCUUUCCCCGUAUAUUCGGUUUCUCUCGAUGAGAAAAGAACCGUGCUUCAUGAUAAAGUCGACCUCACGGUGACACUGGGUGGCGAUGGCACGAUUCUACAUGCGGCGUCGCUCUUCGCGACCUGCUCAAACGUUCCGCCAGUCCUAUCAUUCAGUAUGGGUACGUUAGGCUUCUUGAGUGAAUGGAAGUUCUCAGAGUUCAAGCGGGCUUUCCGAGAAGUCUACAUGUCUGGAGCCGGGGCAGGGGAUCGCACACCUGUGUUGGAAGACCCCCCGGGGGCGGCACUCACAGAACAGGAAAUUGAGAUGGGGCCGACCGGGUGGUCAUCCGUCCGGGGUAAAUCUAUGGGCUCUACGCGCGGGGCACGCAUUCUGAUGCGCAAUCGGUUGAAAGUGGGACUGUUUGGCGCUGACGGGAUCGAAACGACACCUAUACGGACCAAGACCGACCAGGGGCAGGGGGUAUAUGUGAUGAAUGAACUUCUCAUUCACCGUGGCAAGGAACCGCACUUAGCUGUGGUAGAUGUGUUUGUGGGUGGGCGGUUCCUGACGGAGGCUGUGGCAGAUGGAAUCAUAAUUUCCACGCCAACCGGAAGUACAGCCUACAGUCUGAGUAGUGGGGGCAGUAUUGUGCAUCCACUAGUCCCGUCCAUCCUUUUGACGCCAAUUUGCGCGCGUAGUCUCAGCUUCCGGCCAUUGGUUCUCCCUUCCAGUACCCCAAUCACCCUGCGGUUAAGCGAAAAGAACCGUGGGCGCGAACUGGAAGUCAGUCUGGACGGAGUACAUUUAGGUCAAGGGAUGGGAGUUGGUAUGGAGGUCCGAGUUUGGAAUGAGGAGAUGCGGCAUGGGAAGAAUGAGUGGCAGGGUGGUGUACCCAGUGUGAUGCGAAGAAGUAUGGGAUGUGAAGCCCAUGAGGGAUGGGUCGGUGGAUUGAAUGGAUUACUGAAGUUCAAUCAUCCAUUUGGUGAGCCUGUCUCGAGGACCUCAGGAGGUCUCGGCGCAUUCGAUUACACCCCUGCGCGGCCUUAUGUAACCGCACCAUCCGGCCUCAAAUCUGGUGGUAUCUCUUUUACUCACCCUCCCAAGCAAUAUUUUAUGAACCCGGGGCCAGCUCCCCGGCCCCCUACCGACCGACCCCCCAAGUUGACCCUACCCACCAACACAGCCACUUCCUUCGGUCAGAUGAGCUUGGACUCUCCGAUCACACCGGGGGCAUCGUCCGCAAACCUUUCGCUUUUCCCUAAUACCAGCAGCCCUUCGCUGGCGAUGUCUCGCAGUAAUACCGGCCAAAAUGGAAUCUCAAUCAUCAAAGAGGGCACCGUCCGUUGCAAAGAGGACAAAUUCUUGGCAACUUGGAAUACACGUUACUUGAUCCUGCGCGAAUAUAAACUUGAAUUUUUGAAGAGUGACUCUGGCAAGGUAGUGAUUACUUUCCCUUUAUCCUCGGUCACCGCUGUCGCUCGCUCCGAGGAUUCUAAGAUGGCCUUCGAGGUCACUCGCUUGGCCAACCCGAAGGAUGCAAACUCCAAAGCUGCACUCCUCGCCCGCGACCUACCCACUAAGACCAUCACCUGUGAAGUCAAAUCCGAUGAUGAAAUCUAUGAGUGGAUCGACAAGAUCUACGAGCGCUGCCCUGGCAUGGGCGGCGUCAGUAACCCGACAAACUUCAGUCACCGUGUUCAUGUCGGCUUUGAUCCAAAUACUGGUGCCUUUGUAGGUUUGCCUCCAGAGUGGGAGAAGCUUUUGACUUCCUCGGCUAUCACGAAAGAAGACUACAAGAAGAACCCCCAGGCCGUCAUCGAGGUCCUUGAAUUCUACUCAGAUAUCAAAAUGCGCGAGCAGAACCCACAGUACUACGCUGGAAUCAACUCUCCGCCUAACGGUCAACCUAAAGCAUACGGUAGUAGUGUUGGUAGCUCCAUCGCACCCCCACGUCCUCCUCCGCCAGGACCGAUGCAGCGCCUUGAUAGCAGUCAGUCGAAGCAAUCUGACAGUUCCAUGCGCUCUGCGUCAUCCUCGGUCGGACAGUCGGACCGUGCAGCAGACCACCAGCAGCAAGUUGAACGGAUGAAAGAAAUGGCUGAUCAAGAGCGUCGCCGCGUGGAAGAGGAACGUCGCAACAAGGAGGAGCAGGAUGCUUACAAUGCAUCCAUCCCCAAGAGCCGCCCUACCAUGGCUCAACAGGAACUUGGUGGGUAUGGCGGCGACGAGCCAUCGCAGAAUAGCCGCUAUCAACCAAGCCGCCCUGCCCCUCAGGCUCCAGGCUCUACUGCUCGCCAGCAAGACCCCCGGCAGCUCACUGCACAGCGUCCCGCACCCGCGCCGCCAUCACAGAGUCCCUACGGCCAAAGUGCGCCCCGGGCACCGGGUACUACUCGGACUGAUGACCGCCAGGGCUCUCCGAGCUCCCGUUAUCCUCCCAAUGAUCCUCGGGCCCCUGGCUCAGCUAACCGCCCUCAGCAAAACGGCUCCAAAGGACAGGCCGGACCCCCUCCGACACGUCUGCCGGCUCCCGUUCAAGCUGUGAAACCGCUGAACAUUGCCAACAAGCAAAACGGGAACAAGCAGAACGUCCCCGAUGGUGUUCGCCAAGCGGAAGCUGCUCUUACCAAGAAGGCAGAUCAGCCGCGCCAGAAGGAGGUGCGCAUGUCGGCCAUGUCAGAGAACGAGGUCAUGGAGCGGCUGAGGUCUGUUGUCUCCAAGGACAACCCGAACGAGUCUUACAGCAAACAGCGCAAGAUUGGUCAGGGUGCAUCUGGAUCCGUGUAUGUGGCACGGGUUAAGGAAAGCGCACCUUCAGGUGUUGCCCACGAGCUUUACCGGACCUAUGGCCCACGCUGCCAGGUGGCCAUCAAGCAGAUGGACCUGCGCAGUCAGCCCCGCAAGGAGUUGAUCGUCAACGAGAUUAUUGUUAUGAAGGACAGCCAGCACCCGAAUAUUGUCAACUUCCUCGAUUCAUUCUUGCAGGAAUCAAGCAAUGAGCUUUGGGUUGUGAUGGAAUUCAUGGAAGGCGGUGCGUUGACUGAUGUAAUUGACAACAAUCCAGUAAUUACUGAGGGUCAAAUCGCAACUAUCUGUGCCGAGACUUGCAAGGGUCUCGCCCAUCUGCACAACCAGAGCAUCAUCCACCGUGAUAUCAAGAGUGAUAACGUCCUCCUCGACCGUGUUGGCCACGUCAAGAUCACUGAUUUCGGCUUCUGCGCCAAGCUGACCGAACACAAGAGCAAGCGCGCCACCAUGGUCGGCACUCCUUACUGGAUGGCCCCCGAAGUGGUCAAGCAGAAGGAGUACGGCCCAAAGGUUGACUGCUGGUCGCUGGGCAUCAUGGCCAUCGAAAUGAUUGAGUCGGAGCCUCCCUACCUGAACGAAGAGCCCCUGAAGGCCCUCUACCUGAUUGCCACCAACGGAACCCCUCGCCUCAAGAAGCCCGAGAAGCUCACCAAGGAGCUCAAGUCUUUCUUGAGCGUCUGUCUCUGCGUUAAUGUCCACAGCCGCGCUUCCGCCAACGAGCUCCUCGCCCACGAAUUCCUGCAGACCGGAUGCAGUUUGGCUAGUCUGGCUGAGCUGCUCACCUGGAAGAAGGCUACUGGCUAG